GGUUUUUCUCUCCCUGAAGCUGCGCUUCCGCCGGCUUUCCAUCACAUGGAAGUGAACGCUGCUCUCUUGUGAUCCGUCCCGCCUGGCAUUGCUGCAUUGGCAGGAACACGCUGCUUUCAAAAUCAUGACCCUGUCACUGAUUAUAAAGUGGGGCGGCCAGGAGUUCCCUCUGUCCGCUCUGUCAGAAGAAGACACGGUGCUGGACCUCAAGCAUUCCCUGAAGAGCCUUACCGGGGUCCUGCCUGAGCGCAUGAAACUGCUGGGCCUCAAAUAUAAAGGUAAACCAGCAGAAAAUGAUGUGAAACUGGGUGUACUUAGGCUUAAACCAAAUACUAAGAUCAUGAUGAUGGGAACACGGGAGGAAAGUUUGGAAGAAAUGAUGGCACCACCUCCGGAUAAUGAUGAGGUUGUGAAUGAUUUUGAUAUUGAUGAGGAAGUUGUAGAGGUGGAAAACAGAGAAGAAAAUUUAGCCAAAAUUUCUCGCCGUGUAAAAGAUUACAAAGUGGAAGUUCUAAAUCCUCCAAGGGAAGGGAAGAAAUUGUUGGUUUUGGAUGUCGAUUACACGCUGUUUGAUCACAGGUCAUGCGCGGAAACAGGGCAGGAGCUCAUGAGGCCUUACUUACAUGAAUUUCUUUCCUCUGCUUAUGAAGACUAUGACAUUGUAAUAUGGUCCGCAACAAGUAUGAAGUGGAUUGAAGCCAAAAUGAAAGAGCUGGGUGUCACUACAAACGCCAAUUACAAGAUUACGUUCAUGUUGGACAGUGCAGCCAUGAUUACUGUACACACACCUAGAAGAGGCCUUGUCGAUGUGAAACCGCUUGGUGUGAUAUGGGGAAAAUAUGGAGAAUUCUAUAGUAAAAAUAAUACUAUAAUGUUUGAUGACAUCGGACGGAAUUUCUUAAUGAAUCCUCAGAAUGGGCUCAAGAUCAGGCCCUUCAUGAAAGCACAUCUAAACCGGGAUAAAGACAAAGAACUUGUAAAACUAUCUCAGUACCUUAAAGAAAUAGCUCAAUUAGAUGACUUGUCAGAGCUGAACCAUAAACACUGGGAAAGGUAUCUUGCGAAGAAGCAAGGUCAAUGACAAAAACCCCACAAUAUAAGGACAAGCUUUAGAUUUUUUCUAAUUUCCCUUUUAUUGUGGCCCUGCAUGGAAGCUCAGGAGAUCUUACACUCCAUUCUGGCUCUACAUGCCUUUCAAUGUUAUAGUGAAUAAACAUCAUUACAUAUUUUGCAAGUA